UUCCUCCACAGCUCCAGGGUGAUGAAGAGGUUAAGCCAGCCCCCUCUCCUCUCCUCCUCUGCUCUCUCUCUCUCGGUCGCAGCCCAUCAGUCCACCGCUGCCACCUCCAGCAGCUUCAGUCGCUCGUUUUUACGCAGCAGACAUGGACAGAUCCAAACUUUAACUCCCAGCUCCUCUGUCUCUCCUCCUCCUCCUCCUCCUCCUCCUCCCCCCUCUGCCUCGUCCUCCCCGCUGAGCUCCGACUGAACAGCCCCACUGGCAGCGGACGCAUGGAGACGUAACUCUGCUCCAGCACUUCGCUCGACUCUGUGGAGUUUGCUUUGCUUGCUUGUUUGUUGUUGUUGUUUUGGGUUUUUUGCUCGCUUCCUCUUUGGUGUUUUUUAUGGUCUGCUCAUGCGUCGGGAAUGCCAUGGCCACUCCGAGCGCACAGCAGCAGCACCAGGAUUACUUCAGAUCGGUGAGCAGCGAGUCCACCACCUACAUGAUGGUCCCGGCCGGCGGGCCGAGCGGGACGAGGCGCCGGGAAGCGCCGUCCAAGAUGUGGGUGGCGAUGGUGGUGAUCGUGGUGGUGGUGCUGCAGAUCGCCUCCACCACGGGGCUCUUUCUCUACCUGAACAUGUCCAUAUCGCAGGUGCGUAGCCAGGGCGUCACGGAGGAGCUCAAGUGUCUCAGUUUACUGAAUGCUCUGGAUAAGGACCAGGACAUCCCCGACCAGCUGGCCCAGCUCUUUGGCGAGCCGUGCAUCAAGCUGGCCGAAGGCAUCAAAGCAUACAUCUCCAAGGUGACGGAGAACAUCAUCUCCAAACAAACCUUCAUAGAGGCCAGGACCAUGCCUCGCACCUUCAACAACUCGGGGUCGAAGUUCAUGACCUCGGUGACUCAGAGGCCGUCGGCCCACCUGACCCUCAGAGACACCAGCUCUCAAGGGUUCCAGCCUUACCCGAUCCCCACGCCGGGUCUCCACCAGUCCUGCCGCCAUGUGGUCCGCUCGUGGGCCAAUCAGAGCUUCGGAGCUCACCUACACAACAUGACCCUGACGAACGGGAAGCUGAAGGUGCCGCAGGAUGGGCGGUACUACCUGUACUCACAGGUGUACUUUCGUUAUCCGUCCCCAGCAGCCAGUGACGGAGACCAGCGCAGCGUCAGCCACCAGCUGGUGCAGUGCGUCUACAAGAAAACCUCCUACCCAAGCCCCAUUCAGCUCCUGAAGGGGGUGGGAACCAAGUGCUGGGCUCCAGACGCAGAGUACGCCCUCCACUCCGUCUACCAGGGAGGACUGUUUGAGCUGAGGGCUGGUGACGAGCUCUUCGUCUCCGUCUCCUCCCCGACCAUGGUCAACGCAGACGAUUCCUCCAGUUACUUCGGCGCCUUCCGCCUGGACCUCUGAGAGGAAUGAAAGGAGGGAUAAAAACAGAACAGAUGGGACGAUUGAUAAAUGGGUGAGCCGGAGAUUUUUGAGGAUCCACUGAUUGGAAAAGGGGGUCGUUUGGAUGGAGCUGUGGGAUGUUGGCCUGGAUCUUGGAUCCUCGGUGUUUGCCUGGACAGAUACACUGAAGGAUGGAAAGACUGAGGGUUUGAAGGCUGCGCUUGUGAAAACGCUGCAGGAGGACUUUGUGAAAGGGAAAAAGAGAGAGUGGAUUUGCCUUCCUCACUCUCCAUUAAGUGAAACCUACCCGACGAGAGCAAGAUAUACAAAGAUAAAAGUGCAAUCAUGGCAAAAUUAAUGGGGAUAUCUAUUUUCUGUUGAUUCUUAGGGAAGGAAAUUGCCUUUUGGAUGUCAAAAAGAGAAUUAAACCACAGGAAAACAUUAAAAACUUUUGCGGUUUGAGGUCUUCCUGUGAGAUGAGGAUCGGCCCCAAAAAAAUUAGACCACCCUGCUGCCUUUUAUCCCAAAUUGACACAUGAAUCGCAGCGUGUCUCGCACGUUGACAGCCUUUUUUGUGGGAAGCGAUCGGACCCUCGGAUUUGGAUUCCAGACGGAAGAAUGUACACACGAUGAAAAAACUGAAUCCUCGGCAUCGAAGAUGUGAGGACGAACGGUGGAAUGGUAGCAAAAAAAAAAUGAUCAAACCAAAGCAAAGAAUUUGUGGAAUAUAACUUUUUUUUUUGUAAAAGUGUGCCAUGAGAGUACUGUACAUAUGGAUGGCUGCAAAUGAGAUUUAGACAAUGAACUGUGGUGAUUUUUUUAAAGUAAUUCAUAUGUAUUUUAUCUUGACUGGACUUACGACCACUUGGAUUUUGCUACUCGCGACACUAGAAACUGUGGAUUUCAUGCAAGGACAUUUUUCCAGAGGAGGAUUAGGGCUGCUUCUUUGUACUGGAUACAGCAGUAAGACUGUGAGAAGCACCAGAGUGCCUUUUGAACAAAGGAGGAAUGAAAACCAGGAGGAGGGAGAGGGAGAAAUCUCGUAAAUGCCAAUAAGAAUGAGCCCAGAAGAAGAAGAUAAAAGGAUAGAGACAGAAAGAGGCUGAGGGUGGUAUGCAGCCCAACCAGUCUCCUCUCUCUUCAACUUUCCCUCACGGUCUUUCUUCUUCUUUUCAUGUAGAGAAUUUGACAGAUCUUGUCUUUCUUGUCAACCCUGUGGAGCUGCAUUCAGUUUGUUUUGUUUUAUGGAUCAGUUAAACAAUCAGAAAACAAUCAGAUACACAAAAUGGGAACGCGACGACGGAUGCACGUGCAAACAGGCUGUUCGCGCAAACAAAAGACAUUGACCGAGCGUGGUGUAGGUGGUUUCCAGAUCUAAAAGAACGAGGUCUGAAAAAGGUUCUUUUGACUGUAACGCGGAAAUGUUUCAACACUGAAAUGUACUCACUGAAAUGUUGUUAAAGCACCAAGAGUUUUCAGUUUUGGGUUUUAAAAGGGUCCAGUUUGCACGAAAGUUGUCUCAUUCCCAGCUCGUCGAAUACUGAUGCGUUGGGACUGAAGGUCAUCCUACAGCACCAGUGUGAGUGAGAGACUCAAUAAUCAGCUUUGUUUCUAAGUGGACCCAAAGACUUCUUUGUCUUGCAAAAUCGCCAAAACCAGAACUGCUUUGGAGUUUAACCACAAACCAGAAAAUGAAAGUCAGCGCUGUAGUGAAGUAGGAGACUGGGAUUAGUGGUGCCAAGAAUAAGAUGAGGUCUUCGAAACCACUGUCAUGUCUGUCCAUUAAUUAACUCAGCACAAAGACUUUGUGGACCUCUCCACAUGGCUUGAUACUCAAAACCAUCUGGAGACGUCCCACGGAGAACCUGAUUUGAAAAGAGCUACUUGGCAGGCGAUUGGACAGAGCGUCCAUCACUUGCUAUCAUGGGCUAACCUCAACCAAUCAGAUCAACAAAAGCAGUGCGCUACCUUCAACUUUUCAGCGCCAUUCUUUGCGCUUCCUUCUGGUAUAAUUGAUGCUAACAGCAUCUAAGCUAGCUGUCAGUGUUGUUUGUCACGUUUGGACAGAGCCGGGCUAGCUGUUUCCCCUCUUUGUGCUAAGCUAACUGUCUACUGUCUGUAGCGUCAUUUCUAAAUGGACAAUAGUUUGACUUACCGGAUGAAGACUGCUGGUAUAAAGCCCGUCACUGGGCGCCAGUGCCCUGUUUUCAAAAUCCCCAUCACUACGUGUAACACCAACCUCCAAGCUAGCAACCCACACGCUAAACCUGGCCUUACUGUAGCACUAACCUGGUAGCUAACGGCAUGAAUGUAAACAAGCUAACAGCUGUGAUAGCCUUUUCUUAACAUGCAGACCAAGUUUUUUCCUGACUCUGUUCUCCAGGGGCGCCAUCAUUGCAUCCUGGGUUUAGCGCCAAUUGUGACAAAGCAUUUUCCUUCCCCCUGUUCCAGAAUAAAAUGGAGGUCUGGCAAACGGACAGUUAUGAACGUGGCAUCAAACUCAUCUUACUUCUUGGCUAUUCCUUUCAUAUGCAACCACCAGCCGGAUAUAAAGUGCCUUUCAGAUGUGUUUUAACAUUAUAGAGAUUGUUAGUUUCUAACAGGAAAGCAAAAUUAUUUGUGUUUUAGUUCUGAAACUGUUCUGUCACAAUCGUGUACUCUUGGACACGCGAACUGAGAUACUGAAUACGUCCAACAUGGCUGCCAGCCCCCCUAUAAAAACACUGAUACUGUACAUACACCAGAACUUCUUGAUGCUAUACGUCAGCUGUUAAGAACCCAUGUGAUGCAAAUCUGGAACACAGAGUCCCUGAGCAAAAAAAAAAA